CCAUCAUCAUCAUCAAGAACAGCCAUUGCACUGCGCGUUCUCACGCGUUCUUCGCGAGGAACCUCUUCUCGUGCCGUGAUCCCGGUCUCGUUUUGUGCAUUCCAGAGCCCAGUUGACCUCGUCGCGUACAUGGAAGACCAGGGCGCCGACGCGGGCAGCAAGCGCCGGAAGUCCAUGCUUCACAAGAGCCAGAAGCAGCCCUCAGCCAGCGCCGUGGCUAUGAGGGCGUCCAUACUGCCCGAACCAGAAGUACGCGUCAUCAGCCCACGGAAUGAAUUCUGUUUCGAUGAUGGACAGCUACCUACCCAACGCGCAUUGUCCAGGUGGCGCAGCUCAUCUGUCGGUAGCCUCAGCGAAGGCAGCGGAGGCACCAAGUUCGGAGAAAUGUCCAGUCGGCUCAGCUCAUCCGUCGGUAGCCUCAGCGAAGGCAGCGGAGGCGUGACGCGAACGUCUGCUGGGUCCGUUUUGGAAAUGCAUUCCUCGCGUCAUGCACGGAAGGGGCCAAAUGUGGCGGAUGGCAGCGCGACUUCCCCGGGCCUAAAAGGCAAAGUCAUAGCGGCGCCUGCGCAACUCAUGUCGCUUCGCCGGUCCACAGAGAGGAGCGACAGCAAGCGCCCAAGUACUGCUUCGAAAACUUCGUCGUCGUCGUCGUCGUCGUCAUCAUCCUCGAAGAGGAAACGGACCAAACACGAAGGAGCCAAACAGGAAGCGACUGCCGAAGCUCACGCUGAGAAAGAUGCUACCAAACCUGGAACGAGCAGCUCUUUGGGAAAGACUGAGCAUAAUGCGGCGGCUGGUCACACAGAAUCGAGGCCAAGCUCCUAUGCAGCCAGAUCCAAGGGCCUGCCCGAGAAGGACGCGAACGCCAAAACACAGGACGAGAAACAUCAUGCCAAACCCAGAACAAGCAACUUUUCAGAAGCGACACGUAGAGCAUCGACGGCUUCGACAACUGGACCGUGUGCACUAAAAGCUGCAGUGUCCGCGCCACAGGACCAAGUCCGACCUGCUGCCCCGGCACCCGUGGCUGCUAAGAUCACCGGGACAACAGUUGAGCCUGCCUCCACUAAGGAAAGCCACCAGUCUUCGUCAUCGACAACAAUGCCUGGCGUGACGGCGUCCAAGGACCAUGAGUCUUCUAGACCCCACAAAAGACGGGCUUCCUCGAGUAGACGGUUUUCUUUAGGACGGGUUUCCAGAAGCACGGCAUCUGAUCGUCCAGAUGUAGCGGCGGUGAGCCAUGGCCAAGCUCCUGCUCAUGCACCGGGAGAGGAGGAGGUCAUUUCCAAGGCGCCAAGUUCGGCGCUGGCUCCACAUAGCAAACCAUCGGACGCAACGAUUGCUGCCUCGACGACCAGAUCUCAAAACCAGCCGUCUUGUUCGGUCGCCGCCCCGGCUGGCAUUGCCGUCCCUGCAGUGAGCCAGGAAGUUGUCGUUCCACAUACGUCGCGUAACGGGAAGGCCGCCGAGGCGGCGGCCUAUGCUUCGGCUCCGUCGAAGAUCCAGGGCGCCGCCCCGCCAGCGACGUCUAUAAGCGAGGACGACAAGAUGGCGAGCCGAGGCAAGGACGUGGCCGUGGGCGGGAAGGCUGCCGUGGAUCAGCAAACGCACCAGCCACCAGCGCGCCGGCAAGAAACGCAUCCAGAGCCACCGAAGUUAGCGCAAACGGAUCGCGGAGGAGUCGGUGAACAAAAGCGAGUCGUGCCGAAGGAGGGCAAGGCAGACGACACGGGGAUAUCUACAGGCCCGUCCGUCGAAACGCACGAGGCGUCCCCCGUGGAUUCUCAAGGGAAGGAUCCCAUAGGCUCCACGGGUCGAUGGUCAUUUUAUGCCAUGAACGUGUCGUUCGUGACGGAGGUCGACGAGCGACAGCAGCGUCUCAUGCAAGCCGUCAUGAUCUGCGUGUGCGCGGUCAUGCUCUCGCUGCUGGUCACCGCCGUGCUGCUCAUGUUUUACGCCAAGUCUGGCACGUCGCCCCUGGACUGCGAGACGGCCGAGUGCCUCGCCGCGCGCGACUACCUGACCGGUCUGAUCAACGCCAGCGGGGACGCGUGCGGCGAUUUUUACGGCUACGUCUGCGACUCGUGGAUCGCUCGCGGAGAGGGCGGCGGGAGCCUUCGCCGGGACAGCGUCGAGGCGUCCGAGGCCAGGGUCAGCGAGUUUCUCCGGAGCCGAGACAAGGCAGAAGAUGUUCCGGCAGAUCUGCGUCUGGCCCGCAUCGUCUACCGGGAGUGCCAGCGAUACGCGUCGGCGAGUUCCGACCCGGCCGCGUUCGCUGCAACGCUCGAGUCGGCGCGGAGCCAGCUGAAAUGGACCGAGAUCCGCGACUCGAGCAGCUACGACAAGCUCGUCGAGCUCCUGGUGCGGACGUCGCUGCUCGUCGGUUUCCACACGGUGCUCAUCAUCGAACUGUUCACCGAGGACAGCGACGCCGUGCUGCGGCUUUCGAGCGGAACGUCGCUGCUCCAUAAGCUCACGACCACCGGUGACCGCCGCGAUCUGGUGUCCAGUCUGCGAAGCGUCGGGAAAUACGAUGACCGGGGCCUCAACACGAUCCUGAAGAUGGACGACCUCGUCAAGGGCCCACUUGACGCCAACCGCCACUCCAGUCGAAGCGCGGAAGAAGGCGACGUGAAUGGGCCCUUGGAGGAGUUUCUAGGCGAGCUCGUCCCCGGCGUGAACGCGACAGCAUGGGCCGGAAAGGUUCAAGAUGUGCUUGUGCGUUUUGGAGAGAAAGGUUUGUUCUUGUCGGACAUCGCUAUAGCCAAUGAAGCAACUGGCUUCCGGCGGGCGUUCCGCGAAAUGACCUCCAAUGGCGGCAUCCAGCAAACCGCGUUGUACCUGGCCUCGCAUCUGGAUGCCGAAAUACUCUCGCUGGAGCUGUCCAGAAGGCGCCUGUCACUGGAUCCCGAAGACGAGGAGCGAUUUUGCGUUGCCCUGGUGCAGAGGACCUUGCCCUCUUUGUGGCCGCGGUUCGUGGCAAGCGCCCUGCAGGUUCGCCGAACUGAGGACGUCGUCGAGGCCAUCUUCGACCAACUGAAAGAGGCAUCGCACGACACCGCCAUGCUCAAGUGGUUCACCGCGUCGUUGCGCCAGGCCGCCCACAAGAACAUCAGAACGGUGGGACUCGUCGUUACCUCUCGAAAUAUGUCGGCAAGUACAAACGUUCGUCACUCUAACAAACACCAGGAAGUCGCCUGUCCCAUUCCCCCACCGCAGUGGCCCCAUUUCGAUGGGAGCGAAAUGCGAAAACGCUUGUGUUGUUAG